UUAAAUUGAAGCUUUGACCGUCCUUUUUUUUCUUUCUCUCUGACUGUUGCCGUGGUUAUUCAGUAUUGUUGAAUUGUUGAGACUUGGAAUUUGGGAGUAUUUUAUAAAAUUAAAUACAAAUUUUUCAAAUAUGGCUGCCGCUCAGAUUGAUGCAAAAUUGCUCGAAGAAAUUGAAAAAUAUAUAAAAGAACAUAAAGUUAUGAUUUUUAGCAAAUCACGAUGUCCUUAUUGCGUAAAAGUAAAAGAACUUUUCAAGUCAUUAGGAGUGGAUUAUUAUGCCUUGGAAUUGGAUGUGAUAGAGGGUGGUGACAAGUUGCAGCAAGCUAUGGGCAAGAAAGCUGGACGAACAUCUGUUCCUCAAGUUUUCAUUGACAGCGAGCAUGUUGGUGGUUGUGAUGAUACCAUGGCAGCUCACAAGAGUGGAAAACUAAAUGCUUUGUUAAAAUUAUAAUGCAAAAACCAGCACUGGAAAUGCCUUAUUAAGAUUGAAAAAAAAAAUUCUGAUGUUCCUUAAUUGACAAAAUGCUUGCAAUCUCACUGUACUUAAUAUGAUCUAUAUUGCAUAUUAAUUUAUGAUUAAUAUGGUAAUUUAUUUAUUAAGGUUGAAAAGUUGUAAUAUUCUUUGACAAAAGGCUUUCAAUCUCACUGUACUUAAUGUGAUUUAUCUUUGUACAUCAAUUUAUGAUUAAUAUUGUAAUUUAUUUAUUAAGGUUGAAAAAAUUUCUGAUAUUCUUUAAGUGACAAAAUGCUUGCGAUAUCACUGUGCUUAGUGUGACUUAUCUAUGUUAAUUGAUUAAUGUUGUAAUUUAUUAUUUUUAUCAUGCUAAUAAUAAUAACUAAAUUUUCAUGUCACCUUUGAUAUUUAUUAAUAUUUUUAUAUUUAUAAAUGCUAUUUACUAUGUAAAAUAAUAGAAAAAUUUUGAGGAUUUGUUUAAAAUUUUUAUUAUUUAUAAAUUCAUUAUUAUUAUUUUUCAAAAUUUCUGUAAAACUUUACAUUAGUUUGUCUUGUAAAGUAGUUUGUAUUCAUAUAUUUUUUAUGGAAAUCUUUUUCC